GUAUAAAUAUCAGUUCCAGGGAAUUGUGAAUUGUAACUAUCUAACUGCAUGUUCAUGGUUCCUAAAAAUUAAAAUGGUGAUGGGUGCGUUUUUCUUCAAGACUCUAUUGAUUUUUUGGUCCCGUUUUUUCUUGAGGCGAUUUCGUAGCAAUAUCACCUAUGCAACAGAAUCUAAACACCAAAAGUACACCUCUUUGCUCCACCGUUCAGAUAAUUAUCUCAAAGAUCACACUGUGAUCUUUGAUGUGGAACACGCUCUGCUGAGAUCUUCUUCAGUGUUUCCUUACUUCAUGAUCGUUGCUUUCGAAGCCGGAGGGAUUGUAAGAGUCAUGGUUCUAAUCCUGUUGUACCCUGUUGUUUGUUUGUGCGGAGAAGAUGUGGGAGUGAAAAUCAUGAUCAUGGUAUGUUUUUUUGGGGUGAGAGCUGAGAGAUUCAGAGUUGGUGAGGCUGUUCUGCCCAAGUUUUUGUUGGAGGAUGUUGGCAGUGAAAUUUUUGAGGUGGUGAGAGGGUGUGGGAAGAAAGUUGGUGUGAGUGUGCUGCCUAGGGUGAUGGUGGAGUGUUUCUUGAAGGAGUAUUUGGAGAUUGAUGUUGUUGUUGGGAAGGAAUUGAGAGUGUUUGGUGGGUACUAUUUGGGGUUGACAGAGGAGACAACAAUUAGGUUGUGUGGUUUGGAGGUUGUUGUUGACAAAGGGAAAGGAUUCUAUUGUGAUGAUGAAGAAAUGAUUGGAAUUUCAGGAAGUCGUACGGAUUUUGACCAUCACUUCUUUUCACGAUGCAAGGAAGUCUAUAUGGUGGAGGAAGCUGACAAGAAAAAGUGGCAAAAGCUAGCAAGAGAAAAAUACCCCAAACCACUUAUCUUCCAUGAUGGAAGAUUAGCACUCAGCCCCACACUAGUAAACUCUCUAGCCAUAUUAAUGUGGGUUCCUUGUGGGCUUAUCCUUGCCUUUAUCAGAAGCAUAAUAGGACUGUCACUUCCCUAUAACAUCUCAGCUCCUCUUCUAGCAAUGAGUGGGCUUCAUCUCACAGUCACAAAACCCAGAGAAACUCAAAAAACCAAAAAGCCCAAAGCCCACCUCUAUGUGUGUAAUCACAGAACUUUACUAGACCCUCUCUACAUCUCAUUUGUGUUAAGGAAAAACUUAGUUGCUGUCACAUACAGCUUAAGCAGAAUGUCUGAAUUACUAUCACCCAUCAAAACAGUGCGUUUAACAAGGAACCGCAAUGAAGAUUCAAAGAUGAUGAAACAGUUGCUGAAACAACAUGGGAAUCAUGUGGUUGUGUGCCCAGAAGGGACCACUUGUAGAGAACAGUACUUGCUGAGGUUCAGUCCUUUGUUUUCUGAAAUGUGUGAGGAAAUUGCACCUGUCGCGAUUGACAGCCAUGUUAGCAUGUUCCAUGGCACGACCGCAAGCGGCUUGAAGUACUUGGACCCGGUCUUCUUCAUGAUGAACCCAUUCCCAGUUUAUUCAAUCCGGUUCUUGGAGAAGGUGUCGCCUUCACGCGCCACUUCGAGAUUUGAAGUGGCAAACCUAAUCCAAGCGAGGAUUGGCGAUGCUCUUGGAUUUGAGUGCACUAAGCUUACCAGGAAAGACAAGUACUUGAUUUUGGCUGGUAACGAAGGCACAGUUUCAACCACACCUUGGACAAUCUUCUGAGACUAAUUAAGUGUUGGCUUGGUUCAACUUGAAGUUUUUGAAUCGAUUCUCAUUAAAUAGAAUUACUUUAGUUGAUUAUACACAUGUUUGGUUGUGUUUAGUUAAGUACCUUGAUUGUGAUGGAAAAGAUGUAAGAUGUAAUUAAAAUCCAGACAUGAUUACAGAACACCAAAUAUGAAGAAAUAGAUAGAUUUCGUACCUGUACUGAAUUGAAGAUUAGAUAACCUCCUUCAUAAGUCGUUUUGA